UUAAAGAAAAGGCAACGGGCUCGUCCCCACCAAACUGGCCCUUUUUUGUAGAGAUCCAUAAGUUUCUUGGAAGCCUGCCCGUGAACGACCCCUCUUAAUGGAGGAGGCUGGGAUCAGCUCGAGCCCAGCAAGCAGCAGUCCCUCAGUUGAGGAACUCAUCUCUGGCAUGGUGGCCGGAUCGUCAAGUGACGAUACGGAAGUAGAUGCACCCGAAUUCACACAGGCUUCAUCAGCACCUCAGCAGCCAAGCAACAUCCAAGACUGUGUCAGCGGGCGCAGAAACAGCUCAAGCGACAGUGGAGAUGACGCCCGCAGAAAACGGAGGAAGUACACAGGUGCCGAAAUCAAGGAGAAGAUGCUGAAUGAGCAGCGGCUCUUGAGCGAGCAAUUUGAAGCCGCCCAUAAAGAGGAGAUGGAAAUUCGAACCAAAGCAUUAAAGCUGCAGGAGAAACUUGUAGAUGCAAUGGUUGAUUUUUUUAAUAAAUAG